AUGGAGAAGAUUACUUGCAAAAAUAGAGGUCUAUCUAUUCUCCAUGUCACCAUGAACAUCCUUGGGCUUUUUGUCUCAGUUUCUGCUCAGCCAGGUUUCCUCAACAUUGAUUGCGGGGGGAGAAGGAAUUCCAUCGAUUCAGAGACGAAUAUGAGCUGGAUAGUGGAUGCUAAUUAUGUAGAUGUUGCCCACACAGCAAAUGUUUCUAUGCCAAAUACACCAUUCUACAUGCAGUCUCUGCGUUUUUUCCCAAAGCCUCUGAAUAAGUCUUGUUAUCGGUUGCCUGUGAGUCCUAAUGUAAACUAUCUCUUAAGACUCUGGUUUCCUUUUGGUAAUUACAAGGAAUCCCAAAAACUUCCUAGCUUUAACGCUUCCUUUGAGACGGAGGGACUCCUUACUCAAAAGGUUCAGUCAAUUAACUAUGCGCAAACCAUACAAUGGACCAGUGAAAAGAUCUUGACAAGUCCGAAUGGUAUACUGUAUGUUUGCUUGAUUCGGACCGUUGAGGACAGCGAUCCUUUUGUCUCUGCAAUCCAGUUGAGAAGUCUGGUGAGUGGGAUGUACAGUUUUCAAGUGAGGCCAGGUAUAAUGUUGAGCUGUUUGGCCCGACAUGAUCUUGGUAAUAAUUCACCCGGCCGUAUCAGGUUACCUGAUGGAAAAGAUGCCGCUGUAAAGCUGCUCUCCUCCUCAAAACAAGGGCUGGCAGAGUUCUUGAACGAGAUCAAUCUUCUCUCUCGAGUGCAUCACAAGAAUUUGGUGUCUUUGAUUGGCUACUGCAACGAAUCAGAAGAACUUAUGCUUGUGUAUGAACAUAUGUGCGGAGGAUCACUUAAUGACCACCUCUACGGCUCUUUAUCAAACACUUGUACGCUUGAUUGGAAAGCAAGACUAGCAGUAGCUUUGGACGCAGCACAAGGACUGGAAUACCUGCAUGUAAACUGCACACCAAAAAUCGUUCAUAGAGAUGUGAAGAGCUCAAACAUCCUUCUCGACAGCAAUCUACGGGCGAAAAUGGCAGAUUUUGGUCUUUCAAAAAUCAUUGGCGAUGAAGUAAUCUCAAGUCACAUAACAACAACCGUCAAAGGAACAGUGGGAUACUUAGAUCCAGAGUAUUUUCAUACGAACAAGUUAACAGAGAAAAGAGACGUUUAUAGCUUUGGAGUGGUUUUGUUGGAGAUGAUAUGCGGGAGGAAAGCAAUUGAUCCAGAGCUAUGCGAAGAAGAGCUAAGCCUUCUGAAAUGUGUAAUGCUACAUGUUGAGGUAAACGACGAUGCUGGUGAUCCAUUGACAGGCAUCAUAGACCAAAGGCUGAUUAUGUCUGAUAUCGACAUGAAAUCUCUCUAUCACAUAUUUGAUCUAUCACUGAAAUGCAUUCUGACAGAAGGAUCCAAAAGGCCGACCAUAACUGACAUAGUAACACAGAUAAAAGAAGCCAUUGAUAUAAUCAAGUCCGAAUAUUCGACAGAAGCGAUAAAUGAGCCUCGGUCCUCAAUAGAGUAUAGCUACAGCCUACUUGACAUUGGCAGAUAA